CAAACCAAUUUUGAGCACAUCAGGUUUCCGAAAUAAUUGAAGUUUAAUAUGCAAAGAAUAGUUUUUUGCAAUAUUUAAGAUUUUUUCAUAAAAAAAUUAACGUUAUCUGGAAAGUCUAAUUAAAUAUCAUAAAUGUAUUGUUCAUAUUAUAAAACACAUUUUUUUAUUUUAGUAGCUUACUUUACACAUUAAACCUCAAUUAUUUUAGAAAUCUGACAUGUUUGUGAAAUUUGAUUUGCGACAUCAUAUUUGGCGGCACUCAAUAAUUUAUCUAAGAAACACUUUGUCUGGUUUAAUAUAAUUUUUGGCUGUAAACUAGUGUCAUUUUUAUGCGAUAGAAAAUUUUUUGAUAUUUGCAUUAAAACGCGUAAAAAAAUAAUACGGCGGAACCAUCAUUUUUCGAUAUCAUUUACAUAUAAUAAAGCUUAAUGUUUCGAAAGGGGAGGAGGGAAGAUCAAGUGUGCCAAGGGCAGCCAGAUGCCAUUAAGAGGUCGGUUCCUGUUGGAAAUUCAAACGGCGUUUGAGCGCGUUAGCGCGAUAGGAAUCCCGACACAUUUCCAAUCAACUAAUAUUAAUCACCGUUAUAUUUGUGACGAAAAAAACAGCUGUCUCUGCAUCAUAAAGAGGUCCACGGAACAGCUGACAAGGUGCAGCACGAUAACCCUGUCGGAGGAGGCUACGCAAAACACCGGUGACGUAACGACUACUCGUACUGUGUCCGAGCAGAUCAUGGGUGUUUGUCGAAAAGCCAUACGCUGGAUUUAUAUGUUGGAUCUGAUCUUGAUGUUAUCAGUAACUCUACUUUUGGGGAUCCUGGAAUUCAAUGUAGUGCCAAAUCAGCAGAUCGGCUUCUUUUGCAAUGAUCCAAAGAUCUCGUUCAAGUUCACGGGCGACACGAUCUCUAUGAGUUUAUUGAUAAUCCUCAGCGUCAGUCUGCCAUUGAUAGUCAUGUGGGCCACGGAAUACGUUUGUUAUCCUGCCGACAGUUAUAGGAACGCGUCGAGUCGCCACGUCGAGUUAACCAGGAUCAAGCAGAUCUGGUAUUGGUAUAGUCAUUAUUCCAUCGGACUCGUUACGCUCACGCUCGUCUGCGAGGUCAUGAAAACCCUAAUCGGCGAGCCGCGGCCGCACUUUCUCGACACGUGUAAACCGCGCGAGGCAGCCAACUGCACCGAUGAAUCUUACAUCAGUUCUUAUACAUGCACAAGUACAGAGUUUUCCGACUGGUUCAUCAAAGAUUCCAGCAAGUCUUUUCCUUCCGGUCAUGCGGGUAUCUCUCUCUAUACGAGCAUCUUUUUAGUGUGGUACCUGCAGAACCGUCUGCCGACGCGGACGUUGUUUCUGAAACCGUGGCUGCAGUGCCUGACCGCCAUGUGGGCCGUGACGUGUUCGAUGACCAGAGUGGGCGACAACCGACACCACUGGUGGGACGUUCUCGCCGGCAACGCUAUCGGCUUUCUCUUCGGCCUGUUCACCGUCCUGGUGCCCUGCCGUCACUUCUGUCUCGGGCGUCCCGACGACGACGCCGUCGCCGCCGUCGUCCCGGAGACGGCGUCGCGCGCUCUUAACGAACCCCUGGAGAACGGCCAGAUCGGGUACGACAAGCAGCGCAGCGUCAAGAAGCUGCUGGAUCCAAUCGUAGUCGAUAUCUCGGAGAUGAAGGACAUCCCGACCAGGAAUUGGCAGGAAUGAGCGACUUAUUGGGGAACAGAGAGGGAGAAUAGGGGAUAGAUGCGAACACACAAAGUUUUGGAGCGUCUCGACGAAUCUCUCGUUUUCGAGAAAAGAAAAAGAGAGAUUCUGUUUAAAAAAAAAAA